GGACAGGUGAAUCCAGUCUUGUUGAGCAAUACAAUUUGGCAAUAGGUGGUAUCGUGGGAAUCUCUGAAUUGGACGAUUUGGGGCUCUCAACAAAGCCUGGCACCAACAGAAGGGGCCAGGGCAUCCAGUGCUAGCGCUAAGUCGUUUGCAGUCAACAAGAAUCUAUAUACGAGGCACCAGAUCACCGAUUCUUUACGCUGUGGAUAAUAAGCGAAACUCAAAGUUGUCACCAGCACCACGGUCAGUAUGCCAAACAUCUACAAUAGCAUUACGUUCCAAAUCAAGCUCGAUUGAAUCGUGGAUUUGCCAGCAGGACUGUCCACUGACUCAAGCCUGUUUACAUUGUGCAUAUGAGAUUGAUUGUCUGCUUUCUGUGAAGUAAGUACGGAGGCAAGCACAAGAAGCGCCCCCUAUUGUUGUCGAGCCUGAAGGGCGGUACCACUAUGCAUGUUGUCUUAAGUUGAGGUACCUUUGGCAUGCAAGCCGUGCAAAGAGCAGCAUUGUACCCGCAAUGGGGUCCGAGAGAGAGAGCGACGGCACUGAUAUGGGAGACGAGGAGAGUAGCCAAGUCAGCAUUACCCCAGGGGCCAGAAGCUCACGAAGAAAGGCUGGCUCAGACGAUGAGAGCCGGCCAUCGAGCAGGGCAGAUUCUCGCACGGGACGGUCCAACCGGUCAGUCAGCGAGUCUCAUGAUUCGGAUAGAGAUGGGGCGGCCAGUGAACCGAUCAGUGAGAGGAGCAGGGGCAGCAGGCGCUCAAGGGGCUCGCUUGGAAGUCGGGGCAGCAGGGGGUCAAAGGGUGAGAGAAGCAGAGGCCGAAGUGUGAGUCCCAGGCAGGGAGGGGAGACUCCACGCUCCCCAGGGUCUGUGGCAGCAACCGACCUGACAAGAGAUGACGCCGGCAGUGACCGAAGCAUGUCCCCAGACCCCAAGGCGCGCUCUGACAGCGAAGACAGUCGCAGGGGAGCUCGAAAAAGCAAGGAUACGCCGAAAAGAGGGUCGGGGAGUGGAAAGGGAGUGGAAAGGGACUCUGGCUCAGAAUCGGAAAGGAGCUCUUUGAGAGGUAGCGAACGGAGUCGGAGGAUGAGUGCAGCGAAGGAGGGGCGACAAGGUGGGGGAAAGAGGGGCGACUCUUCUGAUGACGAAAGGGUAAAGAGAGUGGUGGAAAAUCGGGACAUCAAGGGACUGCCGGACCGGAGGACUAGCUCAGGGUCCAUGAGGCGACAGUGGGGCCCCCCUGAGCCUGAAGCGCUCAAGCGGCUGUCUUUGGGAGCACGAAAAAAUGAUGCGAGGGGUGCUUAUGGAGAUGGAAGCAGUGCCGCAACUCCCCGCAGUGAGCACAGCACCGCAAGCAGCCUGAUGCGCAACAAGAAGGCGAAGCAAUACAAAGGCCAAAUGAUGAGCCUUCGCGGCGUCCUGGGCCAGGAGAAUCUACCCAUGCAAGUCGCCUACCAGCAGCUAGACCAGCUUGCCCUCGACGCCAAGAAGGUGCAAAUUUCCAUUGAGAGCAACAAGGCAAUGAUGCAGCGGCAGAUCCGGCGCGGCCAGCUCAAGACCCUGCGCUCCGCUCUGCGCGCGUGGCAGAUUGCGGUGGACGAGGAGCGCGGGCGCAAGAUGCUGCUGCGCAAGGCGCUCGCGCGCAUCCGCAAGGGCCUGCUCGCGCGCUGCUUCGACCACUGGCGCGCGCAGCAGCAGCACGAGAACAAGAUCGGGCGGCUCGGGCAGUCGGUAACGGCGGUUCUCACGAAACGGAAGCUCCAAAACGUCUGGAACGCGUGGCUGGGGAUGGUGCAAGAGCGCCAGAAGGCGGAGGGCGACGCGCUGCGCGAGAAGCGCCUGGUGAAAGACCUGGAGGACAAGCGGCGCGAGCAGAUUGGUCGCCGCGCGGUCAACACCAUGUUCAGGCGGCGGCUCGCGCGCGCGUUCUACGCGCUCGCGGAGGGCGUGGACGCGCGGCGCGCGCAGCGCGAGCGCAUCCGGCGCGUGAUGGUGCACAUCUCGAAAGGUGGCAUGGCGCGCGCGUUCGAGGCGUGGCGGCAGGCGACGGCGGAGCUGAAGCAGAAGAAAGACGCCGCAAGGGGCGCCAUUCUUAAGAUGCUCAAGUAUCGCCUCGCGCGCGCGUUCGCCACGUGGCAGGAGCAGCACGAGUACCACAAGAGCUGCCAACAGAAGAUCGCGAAGUGCGUCAGCAAGCUGCUGAACGCGCGGGCGGCGCGCGCUUUCUCCACGUGGGCCGAGUACGCGGCCGCGAAGCGCGCGCAGAAAACUAGGAUGAAGGGAAUCAUAUGCAAGAUGCAGAAGCGGAAACUAGCGGCGGCGUUUUUGGGGCUCUGGGAAGCGGUGCACGAUCAGAAACGGCGGCGAGAAGGGGCGCAAAAAGUGAUCAAGCGGAUGCUGAAUCGACGGCUGGGGAUGGCGUUCCAGGGGUGGAUAGCGUACAUGCAGAUGGUGAGCGAAGCGCGCGCGGAGCAGAUCCACGAGCGCGCGGAGACGCUGGAAGAGGAGAACAAGCGGCUGCGCGCGGAGAACGAGCGCCUCGCGCGCGUGAUCGACUCCGGCGACUGGGGCCGCGCGCGCGCGGACGAGCUGGUGCGCGCGGGCGAGGUGCUGUCCGGCGAGCGCGACGCGUUGAUGAAGCUCAUCGGACGGCUGCAGCGCGAGCAGGCCGCGGUCGCGGACGGGAAGCGGCGGCAGGAGGACGAGAUGCGCGCGAUGAAGGACAAGAUGCUCAGCGGGAACUUUGUUCAGCGGAACAAGAUGCUCAUCAAGGGGGGGUCCAGCUUCAACUCGCUCGUGCGCGCUCUCAAGUCCGACGUCCUAGAGCGAGGAGCGGACCCCGAGGUCCUUUACUCUGUCGAUAAGCUAUCCAUGGACGAGGUGUCCGUAUUUCCGGACGGCGAGCUCCACGUCAAGGCCGUCAAGUCCCCCAACCCCCGCUCCCCCUCCCCCGCGCGGCACGUGUCCUCCCUGGGUCGCUCCGCCGCCCUCCAACAAUCCACAAACCUCUCCCUCUCCCGGGAUCGUACGGCUGAGACCCUUUCUUCACGAGAUCGAAGGACAGGAAACCUGUCUGCGCGUGAUCGGAUGGGUGAGAGCCUGCCACGUGGCAGCCAGCCCCGGAGAGAAGCGGCCGGGGAGAGCCCCCCGGGCACUAUCAACCGGAGGGUAUCGUUUGAUUCGCUGAAUCCUAGCCGUCCGAUGAGCAGGGACGGCUUCGCGGAAGACCUGCCCAGGAGAGGGCGGGUGCCUGCUCCGAGCAUCAGGGAAGGUGACGACAGGGCCUCAAAUUCUGAUACCGAAGCCCAGCGCCCGACAUCCGACCGGCCCGGAACCGCCACACGCAAGCCCUACGUCAGCGACCCGAGCGCGCGCGUCGCGGCGGGGGCCACGCGGCCGCUUAGCGCGUCGGGUUUAAGAACGGGAAGCGGACAAACGCAGUCGCUUUCUCGGACAUGCUCAGGCAAGGGCGGGUUCUCCGAACCGGGGAAGCUCAUAGGUCCAACGGCGGGGCUCGAGAUCGCAGGGCACAGCAACCCGCGGCACGUGCGGAGCUUGGACACGAGGUCCAGCAAAGCGGCAAUUGUAUAGACAGCGUAUACACAGGAGAGAAAAGAGACUCUUUCAUUGCUUCGAAGAUGUUUUGACGUCAUGGUGGAUCGGUGGAUGAGAUGAAGACUCUGUAGGACACACGCAAUGGACCUUGUCUCGGUGCUCUUAAGUUAUUGCAAGCGUGAUAUGAAUCCUCUGUUGCGGGCGAUUGACAUGGAUGCGCUGCUAAGCGUGAGUUUUGACUUCUAGCUGAUGCACGGCCACUGAUAGAACCACAUGACAAACGUUACAU